AUGACGUCCAGCGAAGCAGGAAAUGUCGCAAGAAAACAGUCACUCUUAAAAGCUAUCAUGCACACUUCUUAUAGCGGAAUAUCGUAUUUAAUAAGACUGUGGUUGAUCUGUUUUUCUUUUUACGCCUACCAUGGAUUUGCUGGGAAAAUGAAGAUAGUUGAAGAGCCAAACACGUUUGGGUUAAACAAUCCCUUUUUGGCUCAGGCAAACAGACUUCAGCCUAAAGUAACCCCAUCACCAGUGUCCGGUCCACUACAUCUUCAUCACCUUGCUGGAAAAUGCUUCAGUCUUACAGAGUCAACGUAUAAAUAUGAAUUCUGCCCAUUUCACAACAUUACUCAACAUGAGCAGUCUUUUAGAUGGAAUGCCUACAGUGGGAUUUUGGGGAUAUGGCAAGAGUGGGAAAUAACAAACAACACUUUCAGUGGGAUGUGGAUGAGAGAUGGUGAUGCUUGUGGAACCAGAAGCAGACAAACAAAGGUGAUUCUGGUUUGCAGCACUGCCAGCAAGCUUGCUCAAGUCUCAGAGCCCAGUACGUGUGUGUACUCACUAACUUUUGAGACGCCACUUGUUUGCCAUCCACAUGCUCUUUUAGUGUACCCAACCCUGAAUGAAAAGCUACAGAAGGAAUGGGAUGAUGCAGAACAAGCUCGUUAUGAUGGUCUUAUUACAGAGCAAGGGUACAACAACCUAUUGAGGGAUAUUUUUGAGGAUGCUGGACUCCUGAAGAGCACCAACGUGGAAGCUAAUCAGCCAAAGGCUGCAGCAGUUCCAGAAAAGCACAACACCUUGCAAAAAUGUAAAGAGGACUAUCAAAAACAGAGUGAAGAGGUUGAAAGGCUGCGUGCUCUCCUCACUCAACAUAAUAUUCCUUAUGAUUCACAGCACAUAACAGAUGAAGAAAAAGAUACAGUGAGAGUGACAACUCAGGACCAACAUUUGAGAGGAGACAUGGGCCUUUUUGAAUUGCAGUGAAAAUCAUCUUCAUGGAGUCACUGAUGGAUUACAGCGGGCUGAGCUAUAAUGCAGUCACUGAGGCUGAUUGGACUGCACCUUAAAUUCAUUCAUCAUUAAAAGCUUCUUUUUUUUUCUUUUUUUUUUAACUAUUCAAAACAUUUUUUCCCCACAAACGAUUAUGCUGUUACAUGUUGUAUGUGUGCAAGACCUUAAGAAA